CGGAUACAUCAACCACACGCACUACACACGCGCACUUCACCUGAUCGGCGACGCCCUUUCCCUGAAGUUGCACUACAGUGCAGCUGACCUUUCGUUCCCUCUCGCUCGUUCGCGCCCUGUAAUGUCCAUGACAUACGCCUAGCUGUUCUUACUACAUCCUUUAGGAGCGGUCUUCCUUUUGAAGACUGACAGCCGGUGCCGAGAUGCUCACCAUGCGCACCCGCCUCUUCGGCAAUACUCGCAAUAGCCAUGGGUGCUUCACAGUCUCACAUAUGCUAGCUGUCAGCAAGGGACCGCGGCCGGCGGGCGCGCUGCUGCCCAAGACGGCCGGCCCCAGCAGCUCGGUCCCCAGGCCCUCCCAACGGGCCGGCUCGGCGGUAGCAGUGCUCGGCGGCGGUAGCGAGCUCUUCCUCGUCCCCGUCGCUUCUCGGCAGCUGGUGCAGGCGGCUGCUGCCGGGGGCGGCGCAGCGGGUGGCGAGGGUGGCUGGGGUCGCAGCGGCGGGCUAGGAGGCGGGCAUGCCGGGCGUGACAGCAGCGGCCGGGGCCGGGGCCGGGGCCAGGGCCAGGACUCCACCCCCAAUGACGGAACGCUGGAGGAGCUGCAAGCGGCCGUGACUGACCAGCUGCCGGGCUGGGUGGAGCGGCAUGACACAGCCGCCAUCAGCAACGCAUUCCGGAAGGCAGUGCAGCUUCGCUCGGGCGACGGAGGCGCCGCCACGGCAGCACGUAUCCGCUCCGGCAUCAUUGCAGGUCUUGCGGCCGGCUACCUGCGGCUCGUGCCGCGCAUUCGGAAGGCAAUUGAAUGCCGCAUACCGCUGUGGGCUAUGGCCAAAGCUGGGAUCAGCGGCAAGGGCAAGGAGGCAGAGCUAACAGCGGCGCUGCUGCAGCGGCUGGUGACGGAUUCGCGGCUGCUGGGGGCGGCAACUCCCAUGGACCUUUGUCUUGUGCUUUACGCGCUGGGCAAGCUGCGAGAGGAUUGGCAGCAUACCGGGGAAGGGUGGCAGCCAUGCGUCCGGUUGCUGGCGGAAGCGAUGAAAGGCAGGCUCGCAGCGGCAGUCGGGCACGGCUUCAACGCGCAGGACGUGUCCAACGCCCUGUGGGCGUGCGCCAAGCUGGGGUAUGCGGACGCGGACCUGCUGCAGCGUCUGGCGGAGGCGGGCGCGGCAGUGGCAAAGACUAUGAUCCCACAGGACCUCAGCAACAUUCUCUGGGCACUCAAAGCCCUGGGGUGCACGGGACCAGCGUACCAGCCGGCGGUUGGGGCGCUGUGCGAGGAGGCGCUGCGGCGGCUUCGGACACCGAAGGAAGCUGAAGCGUUCAGGCCACAGCAUCUGUCCAACAUCCUGCUGGCGCUGGAGGGGCUGCAGCUGGGAGGCAAGCAGGCAGAGCUGCUGGCCGCGGUGGCAACAGAGGACUUGCGGCGGGGGUUCUCCGGGUACAAUGAUCAAGACCUGACCAACUCAGCUUGGGCUCUGGCAAAAAUGGAGUUUGGUGUGGGCCCGGAGGCACCGGAGGAACAGCGGAAGUGGAUAUCAGCCGCGGUCGACGCAGCAAAGCGGCGCGGCCGGGAUGGGGUCAUGGCCGGCGCCACGCCGCAGGCGUGGUCCAACCUGCUGUACGCGCUGGCCUUGGUGCGCCACCAGCCACCGCCUGCACUGCUUGACGCAGGCGCGGCAGCGGCCAUACUGAAAAGUGGCAAUGGCCAGGACUGCGCAUCUGUACUGUACGCGCUGGCGGUGCUGCGGCUGCGCCACGGCGAACUGGAGGCGGCGGUGUGCGGCCGGCUGGGCGCGCUGCUGAAGCGCGACAAGCAGGCAGUGAACCACCAGUGCAUAGCAACCAGCCUUUGGGGCAUUGCGGUGCCCGGGGGCCCACUGUCUGCUGGCAUGCAGCAGCUAGCAGUCGAGGUGGCUCGCGACGCAGCAGGCCGUUGGGAGGAGUUCACGGCAACUGAGGACCUGGCUCAGAUGUGGCAGGCGCAGCAGGAGCUGGGCGGCGAAGUGGCGGCGGCCCUGGGGAGCAACGGCAAGCUGCAGGCGGCUAUGGAUGCGGUGGUGGCCGCGCGGCGGGACAACAGCAAGCCCCUGCCGGAUGACCACAAGCAGCUCCUUGCAGCAUUGCGGCGGCUUGAGCAGCACGGCGGCGGGGCGACGGCAGGAGGCCUUGCACUUGAGUCCGUGCAAACGGGCGUUGUCAUGAGCGGUGUGUUGGCGCCAUUGGAUGCGGUGGUGCGGCUGAGUGACGGGCGGCAGGUGGCGUUGGAGCUGGUUGGGGCAGUACGCUUCCUCUCCAACCGAAGGCGUGACCCUGCCGCUGUGAACGGCAGUACGGCCAUGCGUCAUCGGCACGUACGGCGCGAGUACGGGGAGGGCGGCGUUCUAAUGGUGCCGUACUGGGAGUGGGAGAGCCUCACGAGCCCUGAGGAGCAGGAGGCCUACCUGCUGCGCCGGCUGCAGGCGCUGCUGCUUGCUACGGCUCAGCGGGCAGUGGGAACGCCAACCCGCACCACGGCCGGUGACGCUGCGAGCCCCACCAGCAAGAGCAGCAGCUGUGGCAGCCCCCAGCUGCUUGCGCGGCCGCCACGGCGCGUGCCAUAAUGAUUGAGGGCACCAGCAGCAGCAGCAGCAGCUGCUGCCCCCCAUGCGCGGUUGCCAGACGCUAACGACGAGGAAGUACUUGGUGAAAUAUGGAGCGGGUUUUACUACGGUAAUGGCCAGUGAGUUAGAAGGUUGCAGGUUGGCCGCCGGUUGGACAGGUGCUUUUGAGCGGACAGGUGCUGUCCAACUAAGGUGUGAGCCAGGCGUGCACAUUGUGGAACCCCAAGUGUGGGCCUGCGGUGGAACAGGUUGGCGUGAAGCAUCCGCAGGCGCCAUUCGGAUGUGAGGGCAGCUGCGAGUGCCGCCUGCUGGUAUGUUGUGCACAGGCCUAUCCCUGACGCUGCACAUCGUGUGUAUGUGCCUGUGUGUUUGCUUGUAGGCUGCUUGAUAAGUUCGGUGUGGAACUGCUCUAAGCUGAGCUGCGUGCAAGCGAGGGCGUGACGCGAUGUGCAUGCUUGGACCAGGUUGGGAUGUUGAGGGGUUGGUAGGCAUCGCUCUCCCGUGCAGGCAUCGCUCUAUCUCCCGCGUAUGUAGACUAAGCGUUAGGUUGGCGGCGCGUGGCUACAGGUAGGGUAGGAGGUAGGAAAGUAGGAGUGAGCGGCCACGACGUGUAACGGCUGUAACCUUUCCUUGCA